AUGAAACUGGUUUGGUCUCCGGAGACUGCAUCGAAGGCUUACUUAGACACCGUUAAAUCGUGCGAGAAUCUCGAAACGCCGGACGCAGCGGAGCUAAUAGCGGCGAUGGCGGCAGGAUGGAACGCGAAACUGAUCGUGGAAACUUGGUCAGAAGGAGACUCAAUAGCCUCGAGUAUUGGCUUAAACGUCGCGAGCCAACACGCAAACGCUAAACAUAUAUGCAUCGUACAAAACUCGAGAUCGGAAUCCGCUUAUCUCCAAGCCAUCCAAGAAUCUUCAUCUCCCUUGAACUUACCAGAGACGAUCGUCUCCGAAGAGCCAGAGAACGCGAUGAAGAAGCUACAAGGAGUCGAUUUCUUGGUCGUGGAUUGGCGAAACAAGGAAUCUGCCGCGGCUGCGUUGAGGAACGCUGCGUUUGGAAGCAGAGGAGCGGUUGUGGUUUGUAGAAACGGGUAUUCGAGAAGUGCUUCGGGUUUUAGCUGGAGACGAGCUUUAAGAGAUCGGAAAGUUGUUAGAACGGUGACUCUACCGGUCACCGGAGGUAUUGAGAUUGCUCAUGUGGCGGCAAAGAACUCGGGGAAGAGUGGGAACAAGAAGAGAAGAUGGAUCACACAUAUUGAUCAGAGAUCAGGAGAAGAACACGUAUUUAGUAUUUAG